UUUUUUAAAUUCGUUGAACCUCUUUUCGUCUUCUACUUGAAGAAAUUUUUUUUUAUUUUUCUCAUCAUCCGAUUUUGACCGGUCGAUUGGGAUUGGCGCCGCCGGCACACAACAAACAACACUCCUUUCCCCUUUUACCUCCCCUCAUCUUUUCACAUUAAAAAUCCACCCGCAAUCAAAGGGAAAUUGAUAUUUUGGUAAUGAAUAGAAAUUGAUCUGGAAUGUAUUUUUGUUGGUGUUUUUCCGGAUGUGUUUUCUUUGUUUUGUGUUUUCCUUUUAUUUGUUUCACUUAUGUUUAUUGGUGUUUUUCCGGUAUUUUUUUGUGUUUUUCGACAUUAUUUUUUCCGGAUGUUUUUAUAUUUAAUUUUUCCGAUUAUUUUCCGGAUGUGUUUUUUUGUGUUUUCCGGUUGUAUUUUUCUACUCCUUUAUUAUCUUCCGGUUGUAUUUUCUUUAUAUUGUUCCGGUUGUGUUUUUGUUUUCCUGUUGUGUUUUUCUAAUAUUACCUAUAUUUUUUUCCGGUUGUAUUUUCUUUAUUUACUAGAAAUGCCUCUUAAAUUAUUAUUUUUGACAAAUAUUAUUUUUAUCAAUUUUUUACCUCAAUUUUUGGCUGAAAUUAAUUCAACUCUCAAUUCUCCCAGAAAUAUCUCAAUUUCUUCUAAAAUGGAAAGGAGAAAAUUUUAUUUUUUAAGUAAAUCCAGACAGCGGCGUCAGUUGCUAGAGGCCCCAAUUUCUAGUUCUGGUGCCCAACAAAUAGAUCUUAAUAUUACUGUACCCUUUGUUUUCUCAGCCAGACUUUAUCCUUAUGGUGUGAAAAAUGGGGAUGCCGAAUUGGUGCAGGAAUAUAAUGAAUUUAGAUCGAGCACACCAAUACUUUUUAUGGGGAAAAGUAUUGACAAAAUCUGGAUUUGCCGUAACGGCCUUGUUUCCCUAAGUCCUACAUUUAUUGGUGCUGGUAUGCCCACACAAAUUCCAAUUAAAUCAGGGGAACCUCUUAUUGCCGUUUUUUGGACAGAAAGUGAGCAUAGUGGAAGUUAUAAACGAAGGCUUUUUGUGAGGGAAAGUAUUGAUGAAAACACAUUGGGAUUAGCUCAAAACGAGGUUAAUAUCCAAUUCCGCUAUGGUAACUCCUUUACUCCCCAAUCUGUAAUUAUCAUCACAUGGCUAGAGGAAGGCGAAGGAGAAAAUAAUGUUUUGUUUCAAUUAGCCCUAAUACUUGAUAAAAAUGCUUGUUUUGCCCAUUUUGUUUAUAGUCACAUUCCUGAGGAAGAAGCAAUUAUAGGAAUUAAUGGCCCUCAAUCUUCACAACAAGAUAAUGAAGAAAUUAAAAAUGAAGAAGAAACAUUAACAAACUCUUCCCCUAUAGCUGAUGUUGAGGAAAUACCCGAAGAAAUUAGAGAAGAAGAGGAGAAGAGGGAAACAUCAUUUAAUCAACAAAACAAUUUAAAUAACAAACAAAACAUCCAACAACAAAAACAUAAAAGAGUUGAGGCUAUUCCUAUAUUAGAAAGACAUAAACGACAACAAGAAAAACAUUCAAAACAACAUUCCAAACAUUUUGUUUUUCCCGGUUCAGGAAAAACAUCGUUGCAGGUAACACAACAAUCAAAUAUUGGAAUACCUGGUGAGUGGCUUAUGAGAAUUGACAAUCCUGAACGUGUUUUUCUUUGUGGUGCUGGAUUUAAAGGAUUGGAAUGUGUUGAUUCGUGUUUGCCAUCACAAUGGUAUAUGGACUGUUUAUUUCUAAGUUGUUUGUUUUAAUGUUUUUGUUCGUCAAUAUGUUUAUUUGUUUUUC